AUGGAUAAAGUCGAGUCGCUGAGGAAGGUAUCCUCCCAGCGGCUUCCGCCCCCGGCACUCUUUCAAGGACCUCCUUCCCACAAUGCAUCCAAUCUCUCUCUCUCCCCCCCUGGGCCGCCCGUCCCCUCGUCCAGCGGGACGCAGGCGCCUCCGCUCCAGCAGCAUCGCGCUCCCCGACAGAGAACCUCGCUGGAAGCCCCAGGCUCCCUAUCACCGUUCCUGUCGCGGACCCAAUCGAAGGGCGAGGUCGACCGCUCCGAUGCGAUCUGGCAGGAGAUGCAGAACGCCCUGUCCGAAGUGGAGCUGAGCGCUGUGACGAGCGAGCACGUAUUCGGCGAAAAGCACGCCGAGGCGCGCGAGGACCUGCGCAUGAAACAGCUCAAGCUCGCGUAUGCGUGGGCGCGGAGCGAAGCAGACGAUGAGGUGGUGGAUCCGGCGGGGAAAAACGCCGCCGCCGCCCAGCAAAGGAAUAACUCGCGUGCGACGGGGACUACGGCGGAACCUGCUGUCGCGGAUGACGCCUCGAAGAGCUUGGAUGAGGAAACAGAGAAAGAUAUUUUGCUUGCGCGCGAACGCCGCGAGGCGAAUGACCGGUAUUUCGAUCGUGUUAAUAAUGGGGUGUUGGAUGUCGUCGCCAAACUGGAGGAAGUGGCGCAGGCGAUGCGUGCGGUCGAGAGAGAAAGCAGGGAUAUCUGGAGCGAUAGCGACAGUAUGAGCAGCACGACUCAGACAUCCAUGAGCGCCAGUUGA